AUGGGGCGUGGACGCCGCUGGAGCACGGCUGAAGAUGAGGUAUUAAUUCGAGCAUACCUGCAUAUCUCGCAGUCCCCUAUUGAUGGCAUGGAGCAGAAGGCUGCAACGUUUUGGAAGAACAUUCUGGAUGCCUCCACGGCAUGGUUAAGCCGAUUACCGCGGACGACUACCGGUCCAUUCAGGCAGUUCGCAAUCACUGGUAGUUUAUUUCGCGGGACGUCGGAAAGUUUGUGGGGUGCUAUAGUGUUGUUGAGUCUCGAAACCAGUCUGGAAAGAAUGCUGACGACCAUCUCAACGAUACUCGCGCCCUGUUUGCUGCACAAGACGGCUUUUAUUUACCUUCGAAUCUUGUUGGCAGAUCCUACGCAAGUCGCAGAAGUUCAUGGACGGAAUUUCUUGCACUUCGGAUGCAUCAAGCUGUGGAAAUGGUGCGACUACAGAGGAAAUCAACCGUCCCCAAGGAAGGAAGAAGGCGAAACUUGCUUUAGCUGCUGA